AUGAAGACAGCAGCUGGAGGUAUGGACGGGGCAGAGGAGGAGAGCCAGGAGGACGGCUGCUUCACCCCACACAGCUCAACGCAGAACGCAGAACUGAUGAUCCCUCGUCCUCCCCCCUAUCCUCCCCCCCUCGCUCCUCCUCUUCCUCCUGCCUCCCCCUCCUCCUCCUCCUCCUCCUCGUCUUCCUCCCGCCUGCUUCCUCGCUCCUCUUCUCCUCGAAUCUGCUUGCCUGCUCGCCUGGAACACCUGGAUCUGGAGAUCCCGGCCCCGCCCCCUCCCCCGCUGUUCCCCUGUGAUGUCACUUUUGAUGACAUCACACCACCCCUCCCUCCUCCGGUCGACUACGACACCGACGCCCCCGCAGAGUACCUGGACAAAGUGGUGGCGAUGUACAGCUACGAGGCCACCAAGCCGGAGGACCUGUCCUUCAGCGAGGGCGACCUCAUCUACCUGACCUGUCGCCAUGACAACGGCUGGUGGGAGGGCGUCCUCAACGGCAAGCGAGGCUUCUUCCCGGAGAACUACGUCCAGUCCAGCGGCUAGGCGGCCUGGAGAGCCACGCCCCCCUCGCUGGAUUAAAUCAAGCCACGCCCCCGUAAUGACAUAAUGUAAUGAGAUAAUUAUGUCUUGAAUUGAGAAAAACAGGGCAGAUUGUUUUUUUAAUUUCUGAAGUGAAUGCAUGAGGCUUCUGUAGAGCACUGAUCACACGCCAAGAACCACGUCGUUUCUGUUCAACUUGUUUUAACCCGGGACAGAGGCUGCGUCCGGGCCGCUGCGGGGGGACAGAAACAUUAUGGAGCCAGGAGAGGUGGGGGGAUAUUCUGAGGGGUAGAAUCAGAAUUUCUGAGAUUAAAGUUGUAAAUUCAUCAGAAAAAAAACUCAAAUUCAUGAGAAAA